ACUGAAAGGCGGCGUACAAUCACAUAGACUUUACUGUGUUUUCCAUGUGUCUCUCUCCUCGGGACACCUGGGUGUACUUGUGGGAUAUUUUUCUGUUUUAUGCAAUGGGCUGCAUCCAGAGCGUUCGGUGCAAGCCCAGAAGCUUCCGUGACAGUGUCAUCGUUCUCGACGUGAGCUCCUCCAUCGACACGAACCGCACCAGCAUCGACGAGACGUCCAACGUGGUUCUACGGUACCGGACUCCGCACUUUAGGGCGUCAGCACGAGUACUCGUGCCGCCCAUGGCGGGGAAAGAAACGUGGACAGUGGGCUGGAUUCAAGCCUGCAACCACAUGGAGUUCCACAACAAGUACGGGAACGAAGGAGUGUCGAGUUGGGAGCUGCCGGACCUGAGGGACGACAAAAUCCAAGCCAUAAGCGACUCGGACGGCGUCAACUACCCCUGGUAUGGCAACACCACAGAGACCUGCACCGUGACGGGCCCUUCCAGGAAGGACACCAAGUUCACCGUCAGCAUGAACGACAACUUCUACCCCAGCGUGACGUGGGGCGUUCCUGUGAGUGACAGCAACCUGCCGCUGCUGACAGGCAUCCGCCGGGACCAGAGCUUCACCACCUGGCUGGUGGCCAUCAACCAGGCAACGGGCGAGACGCUGGUGCUGCAGACCAUCCGCUGGAGGAUGCGGCUGGCCAUCCAGAUCGACCCGGACAAGCCACUGGGAGAGAGGGCCAGGCUGGUGGAGCCCACGGCCCAAGAGCAGCCCCAGAUCCUAGCCAAGAACGAGCCCAUCCCGCCAAACGCCAUGGUCAAGCCCAACGCCAAUGACGCUCAGGUCCUCAUGUGGCGGCCCAGGACUGGAGACCCCAUACUGGUCAUCCCACCCAAAUAUUGACCCCC